CUCAGUUCCCUUUUGAAAUGGUCAAAUGGCGAUUGAGUUGUUUUCCUCUCUCUCUCUCAUUUUUUCAAUUAAAGAAGGGAAAGAGGGGAAAUCUCUGAUCGGAGAGAAAGAUCGAAUCGAAGAAUGGCAGAAUUCGUUGAAGCUGAUAACGCAGAAGCAAUAAUCGCGAGGAUCGAAACCAAAUCGAGGAAGAUUGAAAGCCUACUCAAACAGUACAAACAUGUAGAAGCUUUGAAAACGGCUCUUGAAGGUUCGCCUCCGAAAACUCGCGAUGAACGUUGCAAGUCGGCUAAUUGGAUAGUUGUGCACAGAGCUUUAAUGGCCAUUAAGGAUAUUGACGGAAUGCUCAAUGCUCUUGAUGUCGAAUAUUACGACAUUCUCAUGAAGUACUUGUACAGAGGACUUUCUACUGGGGACCGACCCACCUGCGAUCAGUGCCUGAAGAUUCACGAGAAACUCACUGAGAGAGCUGGUCUCGGUUGCAUUCUCCGAUGUCUUACUGAUACCAUCAACACCGUUUGAUCCAUCAUUCCCUCUUAUGUAUUAUUACUUGAUGCCUUGAUGUUUCCAAUGUGCAUAUUCUCCUUGAGGAACCAUGUCUCACAUUUAUCAGUUUUAGACUUGUAUUUUCAUUACCAAACAGUUGCUUGAUAAAUGAUAACACAAGUCAUUCCUAGAGCUCAUGUGUAACAUAAUUCCCGGAUCAGCUGAAUCAUAAAUACGAAGACCAAGUUGUGAUUAAGUAAUUUUAGGGGGGUGUAUUGAAACCAGAAUCUUUUAGAAGAUUUGGUGGAAUUUGCAUUCUUCUACAGACCAAAUCCAUUCUCGAUUUUGCCGGUGAAGAACAGAGACCGAAAGCUUUUUUCAUGGAAGACGAGGGGAGGAGGACAAUGAGAAUAUGUCGCAGAGAUUUUCUGUGAAUCUUUUUUUAAAUCAAAUCGUUCAGAAUAACACCUACAGGUGAGAUUUUUUCAUGCUUAUUUUCAACUAAAUUUUUUUGCCUAAGUCUCCCAGAAUCAAUGUUAAAUGUUUUUAAU